UCCACGACUAGCAGAAGUACGAUAUCUAGUGACUGAUCUGGCAGGGAAAUUCACGUCAAACCAUGUUUCUUCAGUGUUUUUCUUGAUAUUUGUAAGGGAGUUCAUUUUCUGUUGACUCGAUGAAAACCUUCUAAGAUAAUGUCGUCCGUGAAGAAAUUAAGUUUGAGUGGAUUUAAGUCCACUUUCAAGCGUAAAACAAGCCGAGGGAUUUCUCGGAAUCAUUCUCCCGCACAGCUCAAUGGAGACUUGCAACAAGGAUGCUUGUGUGACAACGACUUGAGCAAAUCGAACGGCGAGUACCAGAAUAUCCCGACCAAAAACAGGUCAGGUAAUGUAAAAUCCGAGGAAAUUACUCCCACUUUUAAUGAUAAACACAGUCUGAAGAAUCGGGAGUCUAAAUCAAGUCGAUGGGGUUUGCGUCAAAAGGCUGAUGGCAAGAGCAAAUACGGGAAUGAAAGUGAAACAAUGAUUAACAGUUGUGAACCCGGAAGUGGUGUUGAUUCGGAUCGCGAUUGCAUGGUUGAUGAUUCUGCUGUACUAUGCAACCCCCCGUCUGCAAAUGGACACAUUGUAAUGAGAAAUCGAAAUAUGAACGAGUAUGAUAUUGAUACUGGGUAUGUUGGAGCCAGGUCUGUGUCAUCACCCCGCAUUUCAAAUAACCAUUCAUUUCAUGAAGGCAUUUCCAGUCAUUAUAUAAAUAAUCCUAAGUCAAGAAAAAGUGAGACUGAGCCUGAGGUGCUUCCCGAUGCAGAAAAUAAGCGCACAAACCAAACAACAGAAUAUAAUCGCCCAUUGCCUGUGCCUACGUGUAGCUCUGUUAAUGAUAAACAUUGUGAAAAUGAAGUUCAAACAAACGUGAAUAAUAUGAUGUGCGAUAUAAACGAUAAUGCUGCAAUCUUUGAACAAAGACUUGAUGAGUGCCUAGAAAAUAACAUGUGUUUGAAGGAUGUUGACGAAAGUGUUCCAUCUACAGAAACCCCACCAGCCAUUCCACCUAAGCCUGCAUCACUCUACUGCAAUGGUCAGUGGCAAUUGCAAGAUGAUAAGGACCCUGACUCUGUUCAGUCAAAGAAUAUGAGGAAUUCAACCUUGUCUCUUGGCGAAAAUCCUGAUGUUCCUCCACGCCCCCCUGCACGCUCUAAAAGGAGACACGGUGUGGAUUUGAGUCUGCCGUUCAACAGGAUGUACUUGGAAAUGAAAGAAAGAAGCUGCAGCCAGACUGUACCUGUAUACGAGGACGUGAAGGUGGAGCUUGGUCUGGAGAGUGGCGGUCUUGCAGGAGAGCUGUCAAAGCUUCCUCGUCAACCUUGGUACUGGGGUCCAAUGAGUCAAGAUGAAGCAGAGGGUAAGCUUAGUGAUGCUGACGACGGCAGCUUCCUGGUGAGGGAUAGCUCCGAUGAUAGGUAUCUACUUACGUUGAGUUUCAAGUCCAGUGGUCGUACCCUCCACACGCGUAUCGAACACCGUAACGGCCUCUUCAGUCUCAACGAUUCAGAGGGACAUGCCUCGGUCAUUGAGCUCAUAGAGAAUGCUGUCAAAGAAUCGCAGGGUGGAGUCUUUGGUUACAUGAAUGACUCCACAGGAAUCCAGAACUUCCCUGCUAGACUCACCCAUUGGGUAUCCAGAUACAGUGAAGUGAAGUCUCUGCAGUACCUCUGUCGCUUUGUGAUACGGGAAACAUACCCCAGACAUCAUAUCCGGCAUCUUCCACUUCCUAAGAAGAUCAAUGAAUAUAUCCUAGAAAAUCAGUACUAAAAUCAUUCUAUUUGAAUUUGUUGAAUCAUGAAUUGAAAUGCUGAAUUGUUCCAAAGAUGUUUUUUGAGUGCUCUUUUAUAAAGCAUUUUGUACUAACAGCAUAUAUUUUAUAUAUUUUUUUCAAAUAUAAGAGGUUUACAUGUGUCGUAAUGAGAAUACCUUGUAGGCCUUUACUGUACUACUAAACUACUACAUGUACUUCUACUAACAGUAAAAUGUAUACUAAUCUACAAUUUGUAGAUAUUCAUUGUUUUGAGAGAAUACAGUGUACAUGUAUGACAAAACCUUACUUGAUUUUAAUAUAAGAAAAUAUACUUCCAUAGCACGGUACUACAUGUAAUAGUGAUUCAAAGAAUGUUGACUGGUACUGUAUGUACCACCAUGCAUAAGUAAGAGAGACUACACCCACUCGGUAAAUGUUUCUUAGAUUUUCAACCGUCUAUAAAAGAUAUUAAUAUGGUAAAGAAAGAAUUUUAGUACUGUUCUUUGUAUGCAACAGCUCCUUACAGACUUUUGCUUUGAAAUUGGUAAAAGUGGCUCGCAUCUAUAGGUGGAUUUGUAAUUUAAUAUCUACAUGUAGGCCUUUCAGUGCUGAAAUACUUACAUGUAGCAGAAUGCAGUCCAUAUCCCCAAGCAUUUCUUCCUUUAUUUCCUGUAACAAUACUUAUUUCUUAACCCCCCCCCCCCCUGAACUUGAUGUGCUUCCAGUAUAACAAGUUUUUUCUUUUGACAAGUGCCUUGAUAAAGUUGAUAGUCUUUUGAGAUUCAGUUAUAAAGCAACAGUCAAUGACAAUCCACCAGCUUUUUCAAUUAAAUUGCAUUAUAUUUAUUUAUUUUUAAAUUUUGAUUUCACUUUCUUUCAUUUAUUCAUUUAUUAUUGAUUAUUUUAUUUUUAUUUAUUUAUUCCUUUUUUUUUUUUUUUUUUUUUUUUUUUGGGGGGGGGGGGGGAGGGGCCCGGAACAAGGUAUAUACAUUACAGCCACAUAUCCUAGUAGAGGGAAGGGGGUAGUAAAAGAGUGCUCAGUAUCGAAAAGUGAUCUAAAUUGUGAUCUAUCAUGGUUAUAAAAUCUAUGUAAGCUCUGUGUACUGUAGGAGUGACAGUAGGACAGUUGUGAAAAAUCCCUUCAUUUACAUUGUACACUGUAGGUAAAACCCUUUCCGUUAUAUGUUUUUUAGGCCCCUUUUGACUUUCUAAUAUGUUUUUUUAACAAGGUGAAUGGAAAGGCGAAUUUACUUAAUUUCCAUUUAACUCUCCUUUUUGUUUCCAGUACCAUUACUAAACUAAUAUCAGUACUUGCAAAUUAUUUAUACAUACAUGUGUAUUAAUAAUAAUACGCAUGGUUCCUUGCUCACUUAGUGGUUAACCUGGUGACUACCAAAACCAGGUUAUUCCUUUAAAACCUGUUUGAAAUCUGCAGUCGAUAGGUUUAGUUUGAUAACUGGACUGUCUGGAACUCCUACUCUCUUAAUUCUCCUCCUAUUUAAAAAAAAAAUGCAAUCACUCCGAACUUUUUUGCCAUCCGUUGUAGUCUGUAUCGUGAAUCGUCUGAGUUUUUUGACGUUAUGUAAUGUACUACUAGUAAGUAGUAUUAUAUUAUUGACUAUGAUUGUGAAAUUAUCUGUACACCUGAAAGCUUUUUUUUCUUGAAUGUGGUAUGAUUCAUGAUAUUUCCUUUCUUUGUUCCUUCUGUUGGACAACUUUACAUUCCAUCUUUUAUGCUUUUGUGUUUGGUCAACCAACUGGAGCCAGAAGAAUGUUGUAAAAAAAAUAGUCUCAUUAGUGGUAUUCUUAUGAAUCACAUCCACCUGAUCGUGAGUUUGUUUACUAGACCUUGUUCAAGGUUGGAGUAGAAUUCCUAAGACAAGAAUACCAGCUCUUAUCGUGUACUUUAUUCUGAUGGAUGGAUGUGAAGGUACCUAAUGCAAAAAUCCAUAAUUGUGCCUUAUUUAAACCCCACUAAUGCACACAAGUAUAGAUCCCACCUUCAAAUAAUGAUAAAAAAGAAUAAUUGUCAUGUACUACACACAUUUCUCCGUAACUUAUAUUUCUGUUGCAUCUAUUAGUGAACAAAUAUGGAGGCCUACACAUGUCCGUAAUUUUUUGUUGGUUUGGGUAUUUAUAGGCAGUAAAGACACAGUGUUUUUUGUAAGGGUCAUGUGAAUACUGAACCUUUGACCAGGGGAGCAAUUCAUGAAAUGAAUACUAGUAUUCACUGAUCUUCAUCGACUUACUUACAUGUAUAAGCUACUGAAAUACUUGUAUGUGAUUGGCUCGGAGCUAAUUUAUCAGUGACAAUUACUAAAUAUUUGUUUCAUGAAACAGUUCCCCGGUAUUUAUAAUUUUAAAUGUUUUGACUGUUUUCCUUUUAAAAAAAGGCUUUAAACAAAGUAAUCGAUCUGUUAUUGUCUGUUCAACUUGAAAGUUUGUAUUGAGUCUUUAAUACAAUAUUGUACGCUUAUAAGGCCAGAAUUACAUGUAACAGUUUUGUUUUUUAACCAUUGUCUACUGAUUUCAUACAUUAAUUACACUUUAAUUUUUAAUAGGGUGCUCAUUGAGAAAGGGUCCACAUUUGACAAAGGUGGCUAAUUUCAUGCCUGUUUGUAACUGGCUUGUUAUAUAAAGUCCUAAACUCCUGUGUCCUCUUUCUGUAAUUGAAUAAAUAAAAGGCGGAAUUAUAUGAAUUCAAAACAGUUUAUUAUUUAAGCAGUGGACUCAAUGGUAACAAAAAACUUAAAUUGCUCUGCAUAUGAUACCUGGCAAAAAUGUGCAGGCAUUCAUGGAUAAAAUGAUGAAAUCUGCAUUAUGACACCAUGGUCCAAAACCAAUUUUCAUGAUCCCCAGCCAAAGUUUUUAUAAAAUAGCCUAAAUUGACCAAAAUAAAUCCAAAAAAAAUCUUUCCUCUGAAGAAUUUCCCUUUGUAAUGUAUGAAAGUAACUUUGGGUGAAUUUAUACAAGUUUAUGUUCACUAUUUGCAACAAAGUUUAUAUAUAUAUAUAUAUAUAUAUAUAAAUGUGCAUGUUUAGCACAAUCAUCUUUUGAGUCUAAGAAAGGCAAUGUAAUGUGCAUUUCAUAUUACACUGUACAUGUAAUGUAUGUACGACUGACCGAGAAAAGUUCCAUUCCCUUGCUGAGUACAAAGUCUAUUUCCUGUAUUAUGCACAUUACAUGUAUGUAUACACUUAUUUACUUUUGAGUAUGGGUAGGGAAUUUACAUGCACAAUAAGUUUUAUACAUGUACAUGUAUGUGCAUUGUAUGCAUGAUGUAAUUUUGCACUGCAGAUCUGAUCUCUCAUACAUGUAGGUUUUUUUUUUGUCGUCACUGUACAUGUACAGUACAUGUACAAUCCCGGUGUACAAUGUAGUUUUCAUGAUGUCCAAAACGUUUUCUUCCAUGAUUGAAUAAAAAGAAAUAAAUUGUACCCUUUCAUGUACUGUACCUCCACAAUUCGAUGCAUUCUGUGUGUGCAUUAAAAAUUUUUUGCUUAAUCAAGUUCCUAUCCUCAUAAAGCACAAAUUAUAUAUUCAUGUAUUGUUUUUUUUUUUUGCAUUGGUAAAUACUAAAAACUAUGUAUGUAUGGUAGGCCUAUUGCUGUCUUGCCUGGCUGUACUAUGAAAACAAAGUAAGGGGAAUUUGUGCAGACAGUGAUAAAUGAAUGGAGGGAAUAUGUCUACUGUAAGUACUGUAUUUUAAAACAAAAUUCAUGGAUUGAUGAAAUUGUGGAGUUGAGCUGUGUGUGACUUCCUGCCUUUAUCUAUUGGUUUCCUCUUUGAAACUGAACUACAUGUAUCUCACAGCCUUUCAUGUAUACAUCGUCAUUCUGCAAGUAAAAGGGCAAUAUGGCUGAUAUAAAAGAUAUUCUGUUUUUUAAUAAAUUUUCUGAUAUCUUCAAAAUGACCAAAAUUAGUUUUUUUUUAAUGAGAAGAAAAAAAAUCCAAACUUUUAUGAAAAUUUGAAAGAAAUUGGACAAUGUUUGAAUAAUGACAUUUCUACGAAAAGGGCUGCAACUUUUAUGCAAGAAAUACAACAUGGGUCUAGGAUUUGCAAGAAAUUCCUAUACAUGGAUACCCUGUUUCUUUAUACCUUGGUCACAUUUGAUCUACGGCGGCCGUACGGCGAGUCGAUAACAGCCGUUUUCUUCAUUUUUAUUCAAACCACCUCUAUGUAGCUGGUACAAAAAAUGUUAAAACGGCUGUUUUCGACUCGCCAUACGGCCGCCGUAGAGCAAAUGUGACCAAGCUAUUAAGUCUGUGUCUGAAGAUGGACAACUACAUGUAGGGGUUCAUGGUAUGGGGACUCGCACCCUUGUAAAAAGAUUACCGGUAGUCAGUGUCUAGAGUGUCCUCCCCCCAGUUAAAUAACAAAGAUGUUUAAGUCCUUACAUAAACAUGUACUUCAAUGUUGGAUCUGAGAAAUCUGUUUUGUGUACAUGCACUAAGCAGUAAACCACUAAAUGUUUGAGAUCACUGUAAUACCAGGAACUUCAUUAGAAAAUACGUUUGAUACAUUAACAUUUAUUGGGAAACAGGAUGUUUGCAUAGAAAACACUGCUAAGUAGUCAGUUUCAUUUUAUUUGGAGAAUAGUUUACUCUGGAGUCAUAUCUUUUUUCUGAACUGUAUUUUAUCAAUUUAUUUUUUACAUAUAAUUCUGUUAAAGGGACACUCCAGGCUGAAAAUAAUUAUACAAGAAAAAAUAGAGUAAACAAAUUCACCGUGCAAAAUGCUGAAAAUUUCAUCAAAAUCUGAUAAAUAACAAAGGUAUUGAAUUGGAAAGUUUAACAAUUUUUUUUAGAAAACUCUUAUGAAUGUCAUCAUGAAUAUUCAUUAGGUGGGCUGGUGAGGUCACAUCCCCACUUUCCUUUUUCUUAUGUUAUUACAUGAAAUCAUAAAAAGGACAUAUUUCCAUAGAUGUGGGUAUUUAUUGUAUUCUCCCUCAUGAAAUAAGCAGUAAAUAUCUAAUUAGAUAUUUACUGCUGCAACUUAUUUCAUGAGGGAGAAUACAAUACUCACAUCUAUGGAAAUAUGUCAUUUUUAUGCAUUAAAUCAAUUGUAAAUCAAUUCCUUUUUAAUUCUUGGAGGACAUAAUUACAUAUAACACAAUAAAAAAGAACAGGUUGGGAUAUGACAUCAGUUUGCUAAUUGAAUUGAAUCUGAAUUUAUUACCAAAUCUCACUGUCAGGUACAAUUACAUGGAAUAUUAAUCACAUACGACCAAAACAUUUGGUAAUUGGAGCUCACAUAAUCCAAGAUGCUAAUCAAGGUUAUAGCCCCAGAUGAUGUCAUUAUCAUAGUUUGAACAAUAAUUUUAACUAAAUCACAAUAUCGUACAUCAAAUUCAGUAUUAAUUCUUACUAUUACUGGAAGAGACAAUUGCGGCCAUUUUAGUGAACAUAUUUACAGAAAAAAGUGUCUUAAUUAUUCACAAAAUCUUUAUACAUAUUUUUUUCAGGCAUUAUAUACCACACUUUAUUUAUGAUAUUAUUCCAGCAGCAUUAGUUUUAAUGAUUUGCUAAAUAUCUUGCGACUGGGGGUGUUUCUAAUAAUAUUACUUAGCAGAUAACUGAAUAUUAAUGAAGACAUACAUUAAAAAAAAGUUUCACCGAAAUAAUGCAAAUCUUUAAAAUAUCAUAACUUUGUUAUUCCUUGUCCAAUUUUGAUAACAUUUUCUGUGUUUUGUUUGUCUGAUUUUUCUUUAUCUGUUCAAAUCAUACUAUUUAAAAAAGAUUCCAUUAAUACCAGUAAAUCAAUACUAAAAAUCUGUUAAUUUUUUUUUACUUUUCAUGUGAAAAUUCAUUGAAUGUACCUUUGCAAAACAGUUUUUGAUGCACAUUUUCUAUGACAAAAUAAAAUUUACAUUUUAAAUCAAGUUACAGGUUUUCAGAAACGGAAAAGAAAAUUUCAUGGAACAGGAAAAUCACUGCUCCUAUACACUUGCAUGUGUUCAGUAAUAUCAACAAUAUUUAAAGAAAAGUAUUUUUUUAUACUGCAACUUGCCUUUAACUACAUGUAGAAAUAUUCAAAGUAAAUUUAUUGCACUCAAAUGAUGGGGUAAUGAUAUUUAGCAAAUAUCCCUUCUGUCAUUUGGUUGAAAGACUAAGGUCUAAUUUCCAGAGCCCAUUUGGUCUAAAUAGCCAGUUUGGUCUUCUCUUCCAUUUGUUCAGGUAGAUAUCUCAUGGUUUGUUUACGUGUUAGAAAAACAUAAAAAUUAAAUGUUUUUGCUUUGGCGAGAAAAGUGUUACUCCUUACUGAGAUUGUUGAAAACCUAUAUCAUGUACAUGUAUAUCAUGUAACAUCUGUAAGUUUGAUUUUAUAUCAUGUCCUUCAUGUAAUUAAAACAAAUUAAAUGUCACUUGCACACUGAAUUCAGAAAAAGCAAAUCAUUCAAGUUUGAGCUUCAUGUGUUGCCUUUAGAAUUGGCGAGGAGGGAUUGUACAUGUACCCGCCGUUUGCAUUGAUGUACAUGUAAUAGGAGGAAAUUUCCUAACAUGGAUAAAUCAAAGUCAUGAUUAUAAAAUUGUGUGAUUUGGCCCUCAAGGUGUCAAAUUAGAACUUUGCAAAAUGUUAUUUGCAAGUAAUGAUAUUGACCACUAUUAUUAUUAUUAUUGUAAAACAACGUAUUAUGUUAACUUUCCACUGUGUCCAUGGCUCUUCCCCAGUACCUCAUUUUACUGAUCAAAAGUUAUACCCCUUCAAGAUCCUUACGUUCCUCCUCUUCCAGUUCUCUCGUUACCCCCAAAGUUUCCAAAAGCUGGGGGGGGGGGGGAAGAUAAUUUGUUCACUCAUCCUCCAAGUUAUGGAAUAGCCUCCCUGAAAACAUUAAAAAGUGCUUGACCUCUGAAACUUUCAAACAAUACCUUAAAACAUAUCUCUUCAAUUCUUCUUAAUUUCGUUUAUGAUUUCCUACAAAGAGCCCUGAGCACUCGACAGAGUGGAUUUGGCGCAAUGUAAGUCUAAUUAUUAUUAUUGUUGUUAUUAUUAUUAUUAUUGUUAUUAUCAUUACUAUUUCUAAACACAAAUGAGAGGCACACCUUGGGGGUGUUUCACAAAGAUUUAAGUAUGACUUGGUGUCGCACUUAAAUACCGAGUUGCAUUCGGUAUAAAAGGCUUGACAGCAUUGAUCAGAUCAUGCCUAUAGAGGAUGUGCAUUGAUCAAUAAGAUUGCGCGUUGCAUAUCAUGUACACGCCGGCAUUUAAGUGCGACUCUUAGUCAUACUAAAAUCUUUUUGAAGCACUCCCAGGAUUAUGAUACUUUACGUCAUGUAGUAAAAUGGAAAUGUAGUACAUACAUGUGUAUUUAGGUGAUAAAUAUUUUGUAUAUAUCCAUCAUGUUUAUGAAUAUGAAUAUGUUUAUCUUGAACGAUUCAAAGCAUUUUAUGUAUCAAAAUGUAAACAUGUAAUCAGAAUGAUAUGUGUUUGAACUCAUAUGUCUGUAGUACUAUGUGAGUGGAAAUGUUAAUCAUUUUGGGGUACUUGAUCAUUUUAUAUAGAAUGAAGGAAAAAAAUCAGAGCAUCUUGAUUGCUUUUGUAACUGAUUACUAUUUUGUACUGUUUUUCUGCCUUUUCUAAUGUUUUGUAACUAUUGUAUUUUUGUAUACCAGCAGUGCUUGAAUCUGAAGUUGACUUUUAAAGCCACAUAAUAUAUGAAAGAAAUGUGAUGUGUACUGUUCAUUUUUAAUGCAUUUUUAUCAAAUGCUGUUUUUUUUUGUAACAAAAUAAAUGCAGACAAUUUGUAAGCAAAUGAAAAUUA